AUAACAAAACGAAUUCCGAGAAAGUUAGUAAAUUAGAAAAAUCUUUUGGUAUUCCUUUUAGAAUAAUUAGAUAUGAACCGUGUAAAUAAUAAAGCCUCAAGGCUAAUAGAGUUAUAUUGUGAAAUAGAGCUUAAGAGUAUUGAAAACGAGCCAAUAAUUACAAAAAUAAAUCCAAUUGAUUAUCCAGAUGGAGAUGUUUUAAAAAUAAUUCCUAAUUUUUGUUAUCCGUACAAAAGUAAAGUGGAGAAAAAAAAUUCUCCGUUAUCGUACUCGUUCGUGCUAACGAAUGAAAGUUUUCAAUUUGGUUUCGUUCGGAAAGAGAUUGGAAGUUUAAAAUCUGUUGUGAUUUUAUCAUACUGGCCGUGGCAUGAUGUUUUCUUAAAGUUUCUCAACAUUCUCGCUGAUAUUAGAAAAAAAGUGUCUGAGAAAGAGUUUGAUACGUUUCUCAGUUCGGUGUUUAGAAAGACAAUUCCCGAUGAACACAAUUUAAUUAACUUGACUUUCUCGAAUAGCAGUGGAAAUGUCUUUCAAGAUUUAAUUUUUAGAAGACCGCUUAGUAGACAGUUACCAUCAAUUCCAGAAAAUCAUAAUUUAAAUCUCUUCUUCAACUACAUUGAACCGAAGACGAUGAUUGAAAUUUUUGCAGCAUUACUAGCUGAACGUCGCAUAAUUUUUGUAUCAAAUAAUCUCGAUAAAUUAUCGUCCUGUCUACAAGCAUCAUGUUCACUUCUCUUUCCUAUGAUUUGGCAACACAUAUACAUCCCAAUACUACCAAUGAAGCUAAAAGAUUAUUUAUCAGCACCAAUGCCUUUCUGCAUUGGAUGUCCAGAAGCCGUCUUCGAUACUGUCAGAAGAGAAGAAAUUGGAGACGUUGUGAUAAUAGAUUGUGAUAGGAACUGCAUUGAGUCGCCUCAUAAUGAUAUUGCAGAAAUGCCACAAGACAUCGUCGCGUAUUUGAAGAAACAAUUAACAAACCCAUCAGCUGAUUUACGAGGCAAUCGAAUACCGAAAAUAUUUCUCAGUUCUCUAGUUCAGAUCAUUGGAGGCUAUCGAGAUGCUAUUAAGUACACGGAAAAUAAAUUAAAAUUCGAUAAUGACGUUUUCAUCGACUCACAAUCGCCUUCGAAUAAAAGUUUCGUUCAAAAGAUUGUGCAAUUGCAAAUAUUUCAACAAUUUGUCGAGGAACGUUUGAAGCUCAUCCAAAAUGGUUCGGAAAUGUCAGAUGAAUUCGAAAUGGAAGUUGAACUUCAUGCUGAACGUAUGGGAAAGAAAUUUAAUCAGUAUAAGGAAGUUUUUAGAAACUUUCGUAGUCGUGCAAAUCCAGCAAUGAAAAAUGCUGUGAAGAGUGUUCGAGCAACGUGCAAAGAAUUGAAGCUUAAGAUUAAAGAUAGUUCACAAAAACCUGAAAAAUUUGAUUAUCUCGGCUCGAUUUCAGUUCCUAGAAAGGAGAAAUCAUCUUCCGAUCCUUUCCCAUCCUUUCAACAAUUCUAUCCAAGUGGAUCAAAUAAUUUAAUUGAAAGUCCAUCAACUAGUAGCAGUCAAUCAAGCACAUCAGACAUGAACAUCCUUCAAGAGCUUGAAGCUCUGCCAAUUUUUAAAGCAACAUCAUCAGCAGCAAACGACUCAGAACACUCAACGACAUCACAAGAAAUCAUAAAAGACGAAUGUAAUUUAAUUGACUUAAGUGACAGUAUUGACAGUAUGCAAUUUGAUCCACUCGAGAUUGACGAGCGAAAGAACAACAUUAAUAAUAAUCUUGCAAGCACAAAACAUCGCAACGAUCCUUUUGGGAGUUCAGAACUUUUGCGUGAUGUUGUCGAUGAACUUAAUCGGUCAUCAACAACCGUCGCUUCUAAACGAUCAAAUUGGACAAAGUUUGAGUAGAAGAAAAGAAUUUGUGUCAAUUUUUGAUGUCAAAUUAUGACGACGAAUGGUUUUCAUGUUUGUAAUGUGCAAAAUUAUGUGCAAUUAAAUUUUGUUUGUUGGUUUUUAUUUAGGUCAAAGUCGAAUAGUAAUAAAGCGAGGGUAGAUUGAAAGAAGAAUAAUUAAA